UUUGAACAGCUACUGGCCAAUCAGAAGACAGGACUGAGGUGGCCGCCAACGUUUGAGGACGUCGUCAUGUCGCUUGUUGGUUUUAGAAUGUUUAUAUAAUAAAAUUUGUUUGCUAGAAAGGGCCGUGAAAGUAAACGAGUGGAAAAUAGAGAUGUAUAUAGAAGACUGGUUGUGAAGUUCGAAUCAGUGAAUGUCCACGGGAGACGAGAGAAGGCUGGAAGACGCUACAGUAGGAAGUGCGGAUUAAACGGGGUGUAAAGUUACCAUCUAUCAAUUAGCAGAGCAUUAGAGCAGGGUUUAGAGAAUGAAGAAAGUGUCCGACAAAUGUGUCAUAUCUUUGGCCAUAAUCCAGUACCUGCGAACCUAUGGGAUUAAAGUGAAAAACUGUGGAAAAGUCCGGAGCAGCGCUAACAAGACAACGGCUAGCGAAGGGGGAAAAACCUUUGGAACAUUGCUGCAUUGUUUACCUCACCAAUUGACAGAAUAUGGUUUCGUUCCAUGCUUUCUGGCUGAUGCUUGUCAAAGUCUUCUUCAGCAUGUGGAAACUGAGGGUCUGUUCAGAAUAUCUGGGUCCAUAGUCCGUGUGAAAGAGCUCAAGAGACGAAUAGAUGAAGGGGAAAACUGUAUCUCUUCAGCACCCCCUUGUGAUGUUGCAAGCCUGGUGAAGCAGUUUUUCAGAGAGUUACCAGAACCCAUCAUUUCUGCAGACUUACAUGAUGCCUUCAUGAAAGCCCAGCUAUUAUCAACUGAAGUGGAAAAAACUACAGCUACUCUGCUCAUUUCUUGCUUGGUUCCAGAAAGAGCAAAGCAGACUCUGCGAUACUUUUUCAACUUCCUCAGAAAUGUAUCACAAAGAUCAACUGAGAACAAGAUGGACAGCAAUAAUUUAGCUGUUAUUUUUGCCCCUAAUCUUUUACAUUCUGUUGAAGCAAAUAAGAAAAUGGCUGCUGACGCAGAAGAACGCCUUAAACAUCAAGCUUCAGUUGUCCAGUGCUUCAUUGAAAAUGCACUUGAUUUUGGUUCUGUACCAGAUUUCAUAAUGGAAAAGAUUCAAGGAGGUGAUACUGGUGGCUCUACCCCAUUACUAGAUAAACUGGAAGGUGGAGGGAAAGAGAUCUUGGACAUAAAGACAAGACGGAGGCGCAGUUUUGGAGAUAUUAUUAGUGCUGCCCUGCUUAAAUCAGUAUCUAAUAGAACUCCAACAAGUACUCCUCAGCCAGAUUACUCAGGUCUGCCUUCUCUUACACCUGUAAAUCAGACUCCAGGUUCUAAAAGAAAGCUGCCAGGAGACUCUGCCCAGAGCUUUGGUAUUUCAGAGAAGAAAAGAAGAUCUUUAAAACCAAAUUUUGCUGUGGAGUUUGUUCCAAGUUCCUUGUUUAGCAGUGGCUCGACGCCUGGCUCUGGCCGCACUUAUGAAGAAAGCCCUGUUUCAUUUAAUACCCCCCAUGGUUCUCCUUCUACUGCAAGUGAUGGACAAAUGGCAAGUUCGAAGAAAAGAAAAAGUACAAGAAUUCAGAUACACCGGUUCAGAGCUGAAACUGGAAUAUACAAAGGCUUUUCGCCAAGAAUACACAGGAAAGAUGGAGUUAGAAAGUCACUGCGUCUGAAGUUCAGUCUUGGCAAAAAUAAGGAAUCUACCACUUUGCCAGGGUCCUUUAUUGGAGUCAAAGGAUCAGAAGCCAUCGGUUCUCGUCUUGCCUGUCAAGAAAAUGUAACCAGUUAUCCUGCAAAAGAUGCAUCAUUUAGCCCUGUGAUGCAAAAUCAACAUGCAAGAAAAGGUUCUAAGUAUAUCAGUAAAUCGGAAGAAAAUCUCAUAACACCUCAAAGAGAAGGUGUUGCCCUCCAGACUUCUUGGAACAGGAGUCCAGUGGAAUCCUUGGAGACCAGCAAUGAUUCUUCUGUGGAAACACCAAUGGGUCAAGGUCUAGGUAGCAAUUUUUUCUCUGAACCAGCUCUUGUAGCUGGGAAGCCACCAAUCAUUGCUGGAUUUCCCAAAAGCAUGAGUCUAAACAACAACAGUCAAAGUUCUGAAGGGAAAGCCUCUUUUUCUGAGGAGGAGAAAAAUUCAACUGGAGCCACUCUCCUUAAAAUCAGAAGGGCUUUCUUGGAAUCGGGAAGCAGUUUAAACUCAUUAAUUGGGGAAUGUGAGUCUCCAGGAAGAUAUGAAAUCUUCAAAACAGCAGCUGAGGAUGGUGAGGCUAUACCUUGCAUUACAGAGAAUGUUAUGUCCCUUAAUGAGGAGAAGUGUAGUUUAGCAGCUGGUCAUGCAGGCACAACAUCUGAAUACUUGUCGUCUUCUGAAGUGCCAGAUAUACAAGAACUGGAUGGCUCGAGCAGAGAAGAAAAUAACCAGAACAUCCCUUCAGUCUGUGAGAAUGCUCCUCGUGAUCCAGCCACAAACCAAGUCCUUAAAAAUGAUCAGUCAUCUCAGUUUGUUUCAGAACUAACGGUUCACUUGCUGUCUAAAACACAGUCGGAAGAGGAUGAGAUAUUUAGGGCAGUUCAAGGGACACCAAAAGAAACGGUACCUUCUCAAAACAGUGAAAAAUCAGAAUCGGCCUAUGCUACAGAGACGUCAGAAUCUGUUCAGAUGAAAGUAGCAGACCAUAUUCAACGGUUUAACAUUCUUUCUUUAAAUGAUUGUACCCCAAGGCAAAAUUUGAUGCCGCCUCUUAAGUUUCAACGUACACCAGUUCGUCAGUCUGUGAGAAGAAUAAAUUCACUUUUGAAAACCAGAUCUGAGCAGAUAAUGACACCUUUAAGCAAUCUGCCAAAGUCCUUGAGUCAUGAAAGUGGCCUGUCUGCCCUCUUGAAAAGCACCUCGAAUACCCUUACCAUUGCACAGGACAAAUGUACUGAUUCUGUUACUGGCACAGAGAACCUGCUAAGUUCACAAUCAAAGCCAUGUGCUCUUGACGAUGUGACUAACCAAGUGUCAAAUGAUCCUUUCAUGGCAAAUAAAAUCAUUUCCAAGAAGAUACUCUGCAGCCCUGAAAAGAGCUGCCUGAAGCAUGCAGCUCUGAAAGAAAAAGGCCGUUACAGAGGCUCCCCAAGAAAUCCUUUACCAUUUGGAAAGCUGUUGCCUGCUACUAAACCUGUGAAUUUUUAGGGUCUUUACCUCUGAAUGGUGGUCUUUAAUCGUCAGUAUUCAAAACAACGGUGGUUCAAAAAAUAUUUAUUGUAAGUACUGUAAAUAGUAAAUUUAAGUCUUAAACUUUUUUUAUUCUUUUAAAUUCUAAUGAAUUAUAUGGUAGUUUGUGUCUAAGAGAAAUCUGAGUAGAUGUUAAGAAAUCAUUUCAACACGGCUUCGGCUGCAUCUGUUGGUGAAACUGAGCACAUCUGAGUGUUGUAGGUGUGCCAGUUACUGAGCAGUUGUGUUUUUGAAGAAAAACAAGAGUGCAAUAAACAUUAGUAAGCCUAAGAUGUUAUAAAAUGAGCAUGCGUUAUUAUUUUAGGAAAUCCAGGUAUUUGUUAAUGUUCUUUGGGAAGUUAUUUAUUUAUAUAUAUUUCAAUUUUUUUUGCAUUUUAAAUUUAAUUUUCAUGCCGUUUUAAAUGUCUUCAUGGAAAUAGUCUGUUUUUAAGAGAGGGAGAAAUGAAGAAUGUUGCAUGUGUGAAUUGGGAUGGGUCUUUAGUAAGUGACUGUUCUUAACCAAGCCUGUGCGGUUAUUUUGGCUGAUGGUUAAUUAUAAUGUUUAAAGUGAAACCAUUUCUUGCUUAAACCUGUUUAAAAAAAUAAAUAAAUAAAAUAAAAGCAUACUAUGCGGUAGACAUGUUGGGCAAGAUAUGUGCAAUAUAGUGUGUGAUUGUCAGAGUAGGUGUUUAGUGGGGUUUGUCUUCCAGAAAUGAUUAUUGCUUGUAGAGACACGCAAAUGUGUGUUUACAGGUUUGUGCUCUGGAAAAAUUUGAUGGCAUUUUCUGGACAAGACUCUUAAGAUUACCUUGUAGUGCAUUGCAGCCAGCCCAGAGUGUUAAGGGGGUGUUUUUUGUUUUUUUUUGUUCUGCUUUCCCUGAAAUUAAGCUUUUUAUCUUUUUUUAUGUUUACAAAACCUGUAGGAAUCCUGUAAUGUUAUGUUACCUGCAUGUUUGCCAAGAUAAACUUUGUUUUUAUUGACAGAAUGAUAACAGGGUACAUUUUUGGUUUAUCUUGGUUUGCCCCGAUUACCCAUCCAGAUUUCCUUUCUCUGAUUUACAAGGUCAUGGGCAUUUCAUCCUCCACCUCCUGUCACUUAAAUCAUCUCUUCCAUCUGUGAUUUCUUCAUUUUUGCUUUUUCUCAUUCUGUCAAUUUGUCGCUAUGCAUUUUCAAGCAGUCACUCUAUUCUUUAUUUACCUGCUUGUCUCGUCUGUCUUAAUACAAACCCCAAACUGUUCACCAGUGAUCUGCUUUCUCAGUGAAACUCCUUGCAUCGGUGCUUUGUGGUCCUGAUGAUUUUUGGCUUUGCCAUUGUGUUCUGCCUCCAUUAGCCCAGUCUCUCACACUUGUGUAGGUCAACGUAGAUGGCAUAGAGCUUCUGUCAUUUACUGCCACAGUGGAUCCUUGCCAAGUUCAAGCUGUGGACAUCAUCAUGCAGAUUUUGGAGGACUUGAACAUUUUUAACGUUUAAUCUUGAUUUGAGCCUCUGGAUUUCUGAAGGAUAUUCCACCUCCAGUGGCUCUUCGGAAGGAUGGAGGUAUGGCACGUGAAUGGAUUCCUUUACUAACGGCUGGGAUUUGUGCAACACGUAAAACAGGUCUGCAGACUCAUGAUGGAAUUGUCAUGUUUAUAUGUGGCGAGUUUGUUUUUGUUGUUUGGUGUAUGCUGUAAACUUAGUGACAACAGUUAAAUGAACAUUCACAAUGGAUGGUUUUUCUCAAAUUAUUUUUUUUUUUAAUUUUACUGAAUAACAAACCUUUUACUGAAACAUUGUCCUCUUGUUUGUUUUUCUUUAUAAAUGUGAGUGUGUUAAAUUACAUGGGCCUUAGUUUAAAUUGAAGACAACUCAAGGGAAUGAGGGGGAGAUGUGGAUCUUCAGUUAAGAAACAUGAAUUGCACUGUGCUGUUUAAAGUAUGCACUGAUUUUUUCUGAAGGCAUCUAUUUAGCAUUUGUGACUAAAAUAUUUUGUUUUGCAUGUCUUGGAAAACUGGAUAACUGACCCUGUGGAUUACACAAUAAGAAUAAUGUCCAAUCCCUCCAGCACUCCUCCAUGUAUGUUUUUCAGUAUCAUUGGUUAAUACUGACGUGUAUUAUGUCAAACUUGAUUUUCAUUAUUCAUAAAAGCUUGGGAUGUAAACAUUUUUAUUGAUCUUUACAAAACAUGGGCAAGUAA